UUCAGUCUAUCUACACUUUGCUUGCUUUCAAGUUGCUGCUCGCUGUGUCGACACUUCUUGAUCGUCUUGCGUAGGGACUUGCUUUUUCAAUUUCCUCUAAGCCGAAUACCCCGUACCUCAACCAACAGUCACUAUGUCUCUCGCUCGUCAGGAGUUCCACGAGAACUGUGAGGCUGGCAUCAAUGCCCAGAUCAACAAGGAGUUAGGCGCUAUGUAUGCGUACAUGGCCAUGGCCAACCACUUCAGCCGAGACGACAUUGCUCUCUCGAACAUCGCCUCCUUCUUCAAGGACAGCGCUCAAGAGGAGAAGGAGCACGCUGAGAAGCUGAUGGAAUAUCAAGUGAAGCGCGGCGGUCGUGUCGUCCUCACUCCUAUUGACAAACCGGCCAAGACCGACUUCGACUCUGCUCUGGAUGCCUUCCAAACAGCCCUGGCUUUGGAGAAAUACGUCAACAAGGCUCUCCUGGACCUUCACGCCGUCUCCGACACACACAACGACUACCAGAUGAGCGACUUCUUGGAGGGCGAGUACCUCAAGGAGCAAGUGGAUGCCAUCAAGCAGCUGUCUGACUAUUGUGCUCAACUGAAGCUCGUCGGAGACGGUCUCGGUGUAUACCACUUCGACAAGACCUUCAAGUAAAUGCCAGGCAACGCCACUGUCGCAAGCUUUCCGCUUCAAUGACUUGUCUUUGUGUUCACUUGUGCGCUUGUUUCCUAGCUAUGAGGCCUGUCUUCUUUCUUGGCAACUGCACUUGUUUCUAAAACACUACUAAAGUCUCACUCGUAGACUCUCUUUUCUGCUCUCUGAGCACUUUUCUUACACCGAUUUAUUUGAUCUGGUGUCCAACAAAAAGUUUCCAGCCGUA